UCGUGGUGUGCACUGCAACAUUCAACCGUGGCAGCUUGUAGUGAAUGGACGUGUUUUUACGAAUCGGUCGCCAAAACUAUCGAUUUUUCGCGUUCGACAAAGAUUCAUAAUUUUUUUUUUUUCGCGAGGCACAACAAAGUAGUCCGCGCGGGUGCUAUUUUUGGGACUAAGAGUUUUGGAGAGGGUUGUGUGGUGCAUAAGCGAAUUAGGGUUACUUGGAUCGAUUUCAAUUUCAAGUGGUGGGGCAGAUUUCGCAUAUUCAGAAGAGAAACGCAUUAAGUGAUCUUGGGGAGGGGGGUUUAUUUGCCCCAAACAGGUUUUGUGGCAGUGUGUGCGAGUGUUUUACGACUCGCGGUUGAAGGAGAAAUGAGUAAUAAAAUGAAACGGAAGGCAUCUUCAUUGAGGAUUGAUAAAAAUAACCUAAAAGUGGUCACGUUUUGCGUGUUGCUUUGCGUUUCAAACUUUUUGCCCGCUUUGGAGGCGAAAAAGACGAGCAAAAGCCGCGGCAAGAGUUCUUCGUCGGGGGUCAGCACCGGGCGAGUGGCCAAACCAAGCCAAACGGUUCCGCAAAGCUACAGCAAUCCGGGCAGUCUGAGCUAUGGCUCGAGCUAUCAGCAGAAACCGAAGCCGAACCCGUCGGCGCCGGUGGACACUUCGGCAAACAGCCGGCCCAUCGGAUGGAACGUGAACCAAAACCAGGCGGGCAAACCAGCGGCAGCUGCCCCGCCAUAUCCGGUUCAGAACGCUGCCAAACCCCCUCCGUAUCCGGUUCAGGGCGCCGCUAAGCCACCGUAUCCGGUUCAGCAGACCCACAACACUCAUCAGACUCACGGAGCUCCGCCACCGCCGUACAACGUGAACCAGCAACACGGCGGACCACCACCGUACUCGGCCGUCAACAACCCGAACGUCCACUCGCCGUUCAACCAGCCUCCUCCGGUGUACAGCCCCGGAAAUCAAGGAUUCAAACCUGGACAACCUGGUGGCUUCGGACAGCCUGGAUUUGGCCAGCCGGGAUCGUACGGUGGACAUCAACAGAGCGGCUUUGGAGGUCAUGCACCGGGAGGAUUCGGAGGUCAUGCUCCGGGAGCUUACGGUCAACCUGGUGGCUAUCACCCUCCAUCUCCGUACGGCGGAUUCCCAUCUGGUGGCCAAAACUACCAUGCUCCAGCCAGUGGCUUCACAGGUGGUCUCCCUCACGGUGGUCUAAGCGGUGGCGGUGUUGCUCCCCCUGUCAACUACGCCCCUGCCCCAAGCUUCCCAAUCACGGCCAUCCCAGCAGGCGCCUAUAGACCACAAUCAUCUGGAAUCGGUAUCGGAGGAAUCGCCGCUGGCGUCGGAACCGGUCUCCUAGCUGGAGCCGCUGGUGCCGCCAUCUACAAUGCCCUUAAACCAGAAGAUCGUGUCAUCUACCGUGAUCGUGUCACCGUCGUCAACGCUAACCCGGCAGAAGCUCCCGCUGCCGGAGUCGCCCCAGCAGCCGCUGCAGGUGUCGCCGUAGCUGCGGCCGGUCCAGCUUCCGGUCCUCCAGCCGCUGCUGCCCCAGCACCAGUUGCCCCAGCUGCCGCCGAUGGAACCAACCCUCAACCUCCAGCCACUCCAGAAGGAGGAGCUUCCGGCGUUCCCAACACCCCCAUCAUCAUGAACAAUAACGCAACCGACGCUGAACAACCCGCGUCCGUCAACGGUACCGAAACAUCAACCAACGCUUCGGAAACCCCACUGGCCGCGUACGACGGAACCACCCCUGCUCCACCAACCACCGGCAAGCAGUACUAUCCACCCCCCGGCCAAUACUACCCAGCCACCGGUCAGUACGUUCCCCCCGGCGAGUACGACUUCGCCACCGGCGUGUUCACACCCGGCCGCUACAUCCCCGACACCAACAUCUUCCAGCAGGGUCAGUACGAUCCGCUGACGCAAAUCUUCACCCCCGGUUCGUACGAUCCCUCGAACGGCCAAUUCGUCCCCGAUCCCAACAACGGCCCGAUCAAUCUGGGAGCUCCGUUGGCGCAGGAAGCGGCGGCCGUCACCAGCCAACCGCUGAGCCAGGCUCCCGAAGACGUGACCGUCGGAGUGGGAUCUACGUUCGGUGUCAGCUCGCUGCUGGUGGCGCUCGUGCCCGCCAUGCUGGCCGCGAUCGCACGCUACCAGUAAUCUAGCAAGUGAACCAUGCUGGUAGCAAUUGCUAGUCCGCGCGUCCAGACCCAGUCGCGGCGAGUCAACUCUACACAGUACGUCUGUAUAGUCAACUCAACAACAACAACAACAAAACGGACUCGAAGCGCGCUCGCGUGCUCUUUGUCCCGCCACUUGGAACCAAUCACUAAAUGACAAAUAAUACAUCACUAAAACGGUAAAGUAAAGUCGUGUCUCUCUCGCUACACACUACCACUACAACGUUAACAUGCAAGAGAAGAAUAAAUAAUACAAUGGAACACCA